GACCUUGGGAAGAGUGAGGCUGGCUCUAUUCCUGGAGCAAUCCGAUGCUCAAGUAAAGAUGGCAGAAAAGUUUGGAUAACAAUUGAAUGGGAGAAAAGGAAUAUUACAAGGUUAUUUUGCAUUUUAAAAGGAAUCCGGAAAAAAGAAGGAAGUGGAGCAAGAAUCACUAAUUGGAAGCCAAGAACUGUCUCUGGCAUGCCAGAACAUCUAAUUUGGGCAGGAAGAAUGUCAGUGCUUAAUGACACCCAGUUUUAUCCUUCUUCAUUCCUCCUGGUGGGGAUCCCAGGGCUAGAAGAUGUGCACAUCUGGAUUGGAUUCCCAUUUUUAUUUGCGUAUCUUGUUGCGCUCCUGGGGAAUGCCGUUGUUCUGUUUGUGAUCCAGACUGAGAACAGUCUCCAUGAGCCCAUGUACUACUUCCUGGCCAUGUUGGACUCCAUCGACCUGGGCCUCUCCACAGCCACCAUCCCCAAAAUGCUGGGCAUCUUCUGGUUUAGCCUCAGGGAUAUAUCUUUUGGAUGUUGCCUUUCCCAGAUGUUCUUCAUCCACUUCUUCACUGCCAUGGAGAGCGUUGUGCUUGUGGCCAUGGCCUUUGACCGCUACAUUGCCAUUUGUAAACCCCUUCGCUACACCAUGAUCCUCACAAGCAAAAUCAUCGGCGUCAUUGCAGGCAUAGCUAUCCUGCGGAGCCUGUGUAUGGUUGUUCCAUUGCUGUUUCUUCUCCUGAGGCUACCCUUCUGUGAGCACUAUAUCAUCCCUCAUAGCUAUUGUGAGCACAUGGGCAUUGCCCGCCUGGCCUGUGCUAGCAUCAAAGUCAACAUAACUUUCGGCCUUGGGGAUAUGUCCAUUUUAUUAUCAGAUGUGCUCCUUAUUGUUCUGUCCUAUGUCAGGAUCCUCCAUGCUGUUUUCCGCCUGCCCUCCUGGGAGGCCCGACUCAAAGCUCUCAACACUUGUGGCUCUCACAUUGGUGUUAUCUUAGCUUUUUUCACACCAGCGUUCUUCUCUUUUUUGACACACCGUUUUGGCCACAAUGUCCCCCGAUAUAUCCAUAUCUUCCUGGCCGAUUUGUACGUGGUUGUACCCCCAGCCCUCAAUCCUGUAAUCUAUGGGGUCAGGACCAAGCAAAUUAGGGAGCAAGUUUUGAGGAUUUUCUUCAAGAAAGGAAGCUAA